UAUUUAUUUAAAAUAAAGUUAUAUCUUCAUUGUAUUAUUACUCAUAUAGCAUUUGCUGAACAACUAAGAAAUUCCCCAAAACCUGCCCACUAGAUCUUCCACGACGAAGAGUUUUGCAUUGGCAUAUAAUCUGUACAACUAACCACGAAAAAAAUAAAACCCUAAAAAUGUCGGAACUACAAAUGGAUUGUGCUUUGGAUUUGAUGCGCCGUUUGCCGCCACAACAAAUCGAAAAGAACUUAAGUGACCUCAUUGAUUUGGCGCCUGAUUUAUGUGAGGAUCUACUUUCGUCCGUGGACCAGCCCUUGAAAAUUGCCAAGGAUAAGGAGCAUGGCAAAGAUUACUUAUUGUGUGAUUACAAUCGUGAUGGUGACUCGUAUAGGUCACCCUGGUCCAAUACUUACUACCCACCGCUGGAAGAUGGUCAAAUGCCCUCAGAACGGUUGCGUAAACUGGAAAUAGAGGCCAAUUAUGCUUUCGAUCAGUAUCGUGAAAUGUACUAUGAAGGUGGUGUGUCCUCGGUAUAUCUGUGGGAUUUGGAUCAUGGUUUUGCUGCUGUCAUACUUAUCAAAAAGGCCGGUGAUGGUAGUAAAAAGAUUCGAGGCUGCUGGGACUCGAUUCAUGUUGUAGAGGUUCAAGAGAAGCCAACCGGUCGUAAUGCCCAUUAUAAACUCACCUCCACUGCCAUGUUGUGGCUGCAAACAAAUAAACAAGGUUCGGGUACAAUGAACCUGGGUGGCUCGUUGACACGCCAAACGGAACAGGACGCCAAUGUCAGUGAUUCUUCACCCCAUAUCGCCAACAUUGGUCGCAUGGUCGAGGAAAUGGAGAACAAAAUACGCAAUACCCUUAAUGAAAUCUAUUUUGGUAAGACCAAAGACAUUGUAAAUGGUUUGCGCAGCACGGUGCCUUUGGCCGAUCAACGACAACAGGUGGCCAUGAAACAAGAUCUAGCUGCUGCCAUUCUUAGACGUACUGUAAAACCAGAAUAGAACUGAAAAUAAAUGUGCGGUUCCAAGAACCACCACAAAAAUAUGCAAAA